AUGGAAGAACCACUAACGAUCCACCCAGCUCCAUCUGGGCUCAAAGCAAGCGUGUGGAUUCAUUUUGGUUUUCAUGGCAGGAGCUCUAAACAUGUAGAUAGAACGCAUGCCGUCUGUCGACAUUGCCACACUAAACUGAAGAACUGCGGCAAUACGAGCAACUUGAGGGCCCACAUUUCCCGCUUUCAUCCAGAGGAGGCAGGGUGGGUUAAAGACGACCGCCUGAAGCCCGUCAUCCCACCGAAUCAGCGCACUCUCCACGAUAUGACAACAAAGUUGGCCCCGGGCUCGGAGAGAGCUAAGAAAAUCACAACGUCGAUAUCUUAUUUUAUAGCUAAAGAUAUGAGGCCAUACAGUGUGGUUGAAAACCAAGGCUUCCGCUACAUGGUCCACAGUAUGGAGCCAAGACGAGAGCUAUGGAUGAUAGCCACACGGGCGCUAAUAUGUGUCGAGUUUCUCAAAGCUGCGGCGGACGAGUGGGGGAUAGAGACACACGACCUGGUUCUCGUCACAGACAACGCUUCAAAUAUGAACGUGGCUGCAGAGCUGGGCAACUUUCUACAUGUCCGUUGUUACGCUCACACCCUAAACCUCGCCUGCCAACGAGCACUGAAGUUGCCCGCUGUAGCCCGACUGUUGGGUCGAGUCAGACGGAUCACCGCCUUCUUCCACCGCAGCACCACAGCCAGUCAUGUGCUGGAACAAAAGCAGGCCCUACUCGAACUGCCUAAACACAAACUGAAGACAGAUGCUCCAACAAGGUGGAAUAGUGGCUUUGACAUGGUUGAUCGGUUCCUUGAACAGCAGCCUGCCAUCUGCGCUGCGCUCCUCUCCCCUCAAAUGAGGAAAGGUGCGCAUGACAUCUGCACACUGAGUGAGGGAGACGUGUCCGGCGCUGAACACCUUGUGAAGACCCUCAAGCCCAUGAAAUUGGCCACCACCACAAUGUCUGAGGAAAGCAUGCCUACUCUCUCAAUCAUCGCCCCACUACACACACAGCUCCUGGCCGACUUCACCCCUGCACCAGAGGAUGAUCCAAUGACCCGGGAAAUCAAGCAUGCUAUCCGGGAAGAUUUGAGGAAGAGAUACACAUCUACAAAAGAGAAGCACACACUCCAUACAGCAUCUUGCCUGGAUCCUCGCUUUAAAGCUCUCCCAUUCCUUUCAGAGGAUGAAAAAGUGGAGACAUACAGCAGAGUGACUACAGAGGCUGCAUCAUCCCUCGAGUUGAUGAGGCAAGAGGCUGAAGUCCCUGAGGGGGAAGGUGAUGACAUGGCUGAGGGGCAUGAUGACGGUGAGGAGGAUGAUGCAGUUCAGAAGGUUUGCGACGAAGCCCUGAAGCUGGAUGAAGACGAUGGCCCUUCCACGCCCUCUACCUCAAGACCAUCUUCUCUGACUGCACUGCUGGGCCAAACAUUUAAUGUCGCUGUCACCACAGCAGAGCCCAAGUCGGCACACACCAGGGCUGAGGAAGAGGUUCGCAUGUAUCUGGGGGCCCCUUCACUUCCUCUCACCGAUGACCCCCUUGAGUGGUGGCGCACCAACCAUCAUGUGUAUCCUCUCCUAGCUAAACUGGCCAAACGAUAUUUAUGUAUCCCAGGUACGAGUGUUGCUGCAGAGAGAGUGUUCUCCACUGCGGGAGACAUCGUGUCAGCACAACGGAGCACACUCACGCCACAACAUGUGGACCAGCUGGUCUUCCUCCAUAAGAAUCUGGUCAUUCCAGAGCUAUGA